AAUACGAAUCUGUAAUUAGUGUACAGCAGCGCAACCAUAACUCUUCGGUCGGCCACUAGCAGGUGACUAGCACUCUCACAUACUUACCCGACUGAAAUCGGCUUAAAACAACCAAGAAAUGGAAGUCGAUGAGGAUUAAGUGUUUUUCUGAAUUGGCGGUAAAGUGAAAGGACAACUAUCAGAUGCAUAGCUUUAGGACCUGAGGUGAGGACUUUAAACUGGGACCAUCAUGAGCUCAGCGGACGACAGCCGUGAUGGAUCAGGAAAGAAGAAAAAGAAGAAAACUGGCAAGGUUUUUCCAAUGAGCACCUUUGAGGAGACGUCAAACGGCCUCAAAGAAUUCUUUUUAUUAAACAAAGGGGAAGAUGGAGAAAAACUGGUGGCAAAGGAUAACACGUACGAGUUCCCUGGCGGAUUUAUGAGUGACUCAGGCUCAGACAAAAACAAAACUCUGAAUUGUACAAAAAGACCGAUGCAUGGAACCUCAGCCGACGGAAUCGAUCCAAACAUCGUAUCGGGUCCCGACAACCCGAACGUUGCCAACGCUGAGCUGAUCGGCUACUUCGGCCACCUGUCGGUGUCUGCUGACCCUAACAUCAACGUUGAUUUGGACUACCUGGAGUUGAUCUUAAAAAGAGGUGCAGAUAUCAACACCACUGACCAGUAUGGACAAACAGUACUCCAUGAAGUUGCUAGAACGUGGGACCCUGAUGUGGCUGUGUUCCUCAUCGAGCGAGGGAGCAGCGUCAACCAGUCUGAUCAGUUUGGCAGGACACCCCUCCAUGUAGCUGCUGCUGUCGACUUCCCAGAAAUGGUCACCACGCUUCUAGAUCAUGGAGCUAACAUUGAGGAGCUAACGGUGGGUGAGAAGAAGACCCCCUUACACUACGCUGCCUGCAACGAUGCAUGUCAUAGUCUGAGGAUGUUGAUUAAGAAGGGCGCUUCCGUUCAUCCUCUGGAUUACAAGGGUAGGACGCCCCUCCAGGCAGCCGCAGAGCUAGAUCGCAGUGAGACGGCUGCACUGCUCCUUGAGUUAGGAGGCAAGGCAUCCGACAAGGAUUAUUCAGGGCACACUGUUCUCCUCCUCAUGGUCACUAAGAUGCCGGCAGUGGCGAUGGUCGGUCUGAAUCAGCUGUACCAGUGUGAUCGUCAGAACAGGAAGCAGCACUACAACCUUCAUCACCUGGAGCCUCCACCGGAUAAAGAGAACAGUAAUGGCGUAGAGAUCAGGACAGUGCUCCAAACUAUUGUGGACUACAACCAGCUGGACGUGAUCAUGCAUCCGGUCAUCAGGAGACUGGUUGAGGUCAAGUGGCAACAAUUUGGACGGAUGGGUGCAUACAGGCAGCUGCUCUUUAACCUCCUCUUCAUCCUCAUGUGGACCGUCCUAGCCCUGAGUCUGGAGAGUCCAUUUAACCUCGAAUUCCCCCAAGACAUCUGGAGAUUAGCAUUGGAGGUGUGCGGAAGUCUCCUUACUAUAUUCCAAAUCAUCGUAGAACUCAAAGAUUACUUUAGUUCAAAGUCCGCAUUCCUGAAAUGGAAGAAAUGGAAAAUAAACGACAUUAAGAACGACUUCCAAUACUGCCAUCCAAGAUGGCCACAGGAGAGACAUUACCUGGAGCAGCAGAUCAAUGAUAUCGAGCACAAAGACCCUUCAUACUUCUCUGAAGCCUGGAAUUGGUUUGACUGGUUUGUCUACAUCUCUCUGAUCUGCAUCACCGCCUUACACGUCACCGACAUCUUUAUCGAUAACGACCUCCUGAGCCAAGCAACGCAGAAUCUCUUUGCCAUCGUCAUCAUCUUCAUCUGGAUCAGGUUGAUGAAGAGUGUUAGAGCCUUCCAACAGCUAGGUCCAUUUAUUGUGAUGCUUGGAUUGGUUUUGAAAGAUUUUGCAAUUUUCAUCUUCCUGUAUGCCAACUUCUACAUCCCGUAUGCUUGUGCCUUCUGGAUGAUCUACAGCAAUAACAAUGGAACCAUCCCCAGCAUGUCCACACCAGACUCCAUGAUGUACAGCCUCUUCAGGAUCACCCUGGUCGAUGAAUACGACUAUGAUAACAUGCGGGAGAAGAAUAUGAUCAUGACGUACAUCUUACUGGUAUCUUUCUUCCUCAUCUCGGCCGUUCUUUGCAUCAAUGUACUGAUUGCACAACUGUCUAAUACAUUCCAGAGGGUCUAUGACAAUGCUACAGCCAUUGCCCUUAUGCAGCAGACCAAGAUCACCCUAGGAAUUGAGGACAAUUUGUUUAAGGGGACGAGGAAGAAAUAUUGGAAACAUAUCGAAGAGAAUUGCAGCCCCCUCAGCCUCUUCUACGAUGACGAUGUCGUAAAGGAACAAUGUGAUGACCUCAGAAAGAUGACCUUUCACAUUCAGGAUGCACUGUUGGAUCUCGAUGAGUUUGUUCGAGAUCAGCAUUCCCCGGGACAGCGGGACGACCUGGCAAAGCUGAAAAGAAAGAUGGACGUUCUUGAGGCUAACCAGAGGAAAGUCUCAGAGAAAACGAAUGCAGACAUGAAAACCAUCCAGGCCUUGCUCAUGACUGUGCUUGAAGAGAUGGGCAAAGGAGGAGGAGUAGGAGGUGGAGAAAGAAGAGAUGAAGAUGGUGGUGGUAGGAGAGGAGGAAGGGAUGAUGAUGAUCGCGGGCAAGGAGGACACUCCGGGCGAAAGAGUAGAAGAGAUGAUGAUCCCGAUGAUGAAAGUAGUGAUCGGGAUCGGAGAGGCAGUCGCGGAAGAAGCAGAUCUUCCCGUCGCGACAGGAGAGAUGACGAUUACGAUGACCACGGAAGAGGGAGACAAAGUCGGUCUGGUCGUGGAACCAAUCAAGGAAGAGGGGGCAGAGAUAAUGGGGUUGGUCGUAGUCAUGGACGAAGUGAUGAUGAUGAAGAUUAUAACAAUCAAAGUAGAAAACAAGGACAAUCCGAUGGACGAUCACUGAGUCAACAAACCAGAAGAAACGGUGAUUACCAUGACGACGGCAAUCAGGGCCGACAAGGAGACCGUUCACGAAGUAGAUCUUUCCACCGUGAGAGGAGAGACGACGGAGAUGACUACAAUGGAAGAACAGAUAGGAAUGACGAUAGAAGAGGAAGAGAAAGAGGUGGAAGAAGAAGUCGUAAUGACACCAAUGACGCAAUGGCACGGAAGGAACCUAGAAACCAUUCUAUAAGCCCGUCUCGGAGACCAGAGGGUGAAGAUGACAGCGAGCCACUGUCUCCAAGGUACUUCAGACGUCGAUCAACUCUAAUGUCUGGCUCCCUCUUUCAUCUACCAGCCUUAGCGGAAGAUAUCAGAACUGAGAGAAGAGAGAGUGUGCCUCCCUCAUCAAGAUUCUUCAGGCGACGCUCAACUCUAAUGUCAGGAUCUCUCUUUCAUCCCCAAGCUGAAGAGCUUGAACAAAGUUCUGAGAGGAAGCCAUAUGAUCAACAACGAAGAAUGCAAACGAUCGAGGCGGAGAACAAGAAAGAACGCAAACUACGCAAGCAGCGGGAGGAAUACCUUCAACAGAAGCUAUGGAAGGAGGAUGCUAACAGGCAAGGUCAGAGGUCACUCAGGGACGACUAUCUGGACGAGGAGGAGAAACGUCUAGAAGACUUGGCGGAGCUGAUCAAAAUGAGAAGCACACCAAAAAAGUAAUUCUUGCCCCAACAUUGCAACUUCGACCACAUUCUUCUAGCUGACUGAGCAAUGACUCCUGGAUGAUACUAUUACCCUUCAAAUCUUACAGCAGGGGUGUUUUAACAAGUUGACUACUGAAUAUUCUAGUCCCUAUAGGCUAAUAAUAGAGGGAUCACUCAUUUCCAUUAGACAAUGGGUUGAGUUUUCAGGUGGGCCAGACAUAUAUUGAAUUGGCAAGUCCAAGCUGAAUAUUGUGUCCUAUACGUUACCCAACACAUCUAUGGUUUUAGGUUUCUAAUAGUUCAUGUAUAUCUGAUCAUUGUAAUAGCACUUCUUAGAACUUAAUAUACAACCAUGAUGGCAUUGAUCUCUAAAUCCAACUAGGUGCUCAAGAUUAAAGGAAGAAAUUAAAGCAAUCAAAUAGAAAAUUAUGAAAGGUAAAUUGUGCUACAUUUUACAUUUACAGGCAAUUUGCACCAAAGUAUUAUAAGUAAUAAUGAUGUUCAAGUAUUUCAGACUACCUGCUGUCAGCAAUCAAUCAGAAAUAGAAAUGUGUUUUUAUUUAGAGUGUAAAAGAGUUCAUCAUGUUUCUUGUAAAAUGUUUAUCCAGCAGGAUUUUUUUUUUUUUUACUGUUUUGCUAGUACACCUCUA